AUGAGUGACUUUUUCAGUGCCAUUGGAGACACUGGGGAUGACUCCAGCCCCUUCUCCUGCCCUUCCUGUCACAUCACCUUCAAGGACCCCUCCGAGUUAUCUGCUCACACUACUACUUGCUUCUCAGAGCGAGCCCCCAGUUCGGCCGGCCUUGCGACUACUCCCACCGUCGGCCAGGAACACUCCAGCGUCUGCUCCUCGUCCUCCUCUUCCGUUGAGAUCCGCGCCGAAAGUUCUCCAAGCAUGGACAUGGAACCUGGGCCCUUGCUGACCGAGCCAAGCCAAGAGCCCGCCUCUUCCCGGCCCCCUCCUCCACCACCCCCAACCCUGCCCCCUACCACCACUCUCUCCACCGGGCAUCUCAACAUUCCUCUCAUCCUGGAAGAGUUGCGUGUUUUGCAACAACGCCAGCUCCAUCAGAUGCAGAUGACGGAACAGAUCUGCCGGCAGGUGUUGCUCUUGAGUUCGUGGGGACAGGUCGGGGCUCCGGCCUCCACCACGGAACCUGCUCCGGUGGCCUCUGCUCCGCCCAAGCCCUCUUUGCCCAUCUUUUCCAUUAAAACUGAACCUGGGAGGAGCCAGGUAUCCGCCUCUCCAGAUGUGCCCAAGCCGGCAUUCUUCCAUCUCUACCACCCGUUCCCUGGCAGCACCAGGGUGCCUAAAACUGAGCAGCUGCUGGCUCCAGCCUUCCCUACGGCCACAGGUGUCUUGGCAGCCCAGUGCUUAGGAACUGCCCGGGGUUUGGAGCAGGCCACAUCUCCAGGACUCUUGCGACAGAAGAAUGGAGGAGGGGGAGCGGGAGGAGGAGAAUCCAACUUGGAAGGCGAGAAACCAAGCGGACGCCACAAAUGUCGUUUCUGUGGGAAGAUCUUCGGCAGCGACAGCGCCCUCCAGAUCCACCUGCGCUCCCACACCGGCGAGCGUCCCUACAAGUGUAACAUCUGUGGGAACCGUUUCACCACCCGAGGCAACCUUAAGGUCCAUUUCCAUCGUCAUCGGGAGAAGUACCCCCACGUCCAGAUGAACCCUCACCCGGUCCCCGAGCACCUGGACUACGUCCUCACCACUUCGGGGCUCCCUUAUGGCAUGUCCGUGCCGCCUGAGAACGCCGAACCCGGAGAGGAACAGGGGGCCCUCCCUGCAACCGAGCGCAAGGCCCUGAGUGCCACCGAGAGUCUGAGUCUACUAUCCGGCACGACUCCGUCGGCCGCGGCUCAAGCUUUGCCCGGUUUCAACAAGCUGGUCCUGAUGAAGGCAGUGGAAGCCAAGGGGAAGGGGGACGAGAACACCCCUCCUGAAUCAGAGACAGAAGGGCCCCGUCUUCAACUGGGGAAGCUUGUGGGGGCCUUGCCCAGCUGGGCUCUGUUAGCCAAUCACUUCAAGGCGGGCCCAGCUAUGGGGCCCUUCCCCUACGUCCUGGAGGCUUCUCCCUCGGAGACCUCUAAGCUCCAGCAGCUGGUGGAGAAAAUCGAUCGGCAAGGGACCUCGUCCUCCUCGGGCAUGGCCACUAUGGCCCCAUCCACAGCCGGCUCCUCGGUGUCGUCUUCUCCGGCAUCUUCAGGGCUCAAUCAGUGUGUCAUCUGCUUGAGGGUCCUCAGCUGUCCGCGAGCUCUGCAACUUCACUACGGGCAGCAUGGGGGCGAACGCCCCUUCAAGUGCAAGGUCUGCGGGCGAGCCUUCUCCACCAGGGGGAACCUGAGGGCUCACUUCGUGGCCCACAAAACCAGCCCGUCGGCCCGAGCACAAAACUCUUGUCCCAUCUGCCAGAAGAAGUUCACCAAUGCCGUGAGCCUCCAGCAGCACGUCCGAAUGCACCUGGGUGGCCAGAUCCCCAACGGAGCUCUCCUGCCUGAGCCUUCGGCCCCAGAGGGGGCCCCAUUGGGAGAAGGGGAGAAGCCACGGGAGCAGCCACCUGUCCCCCAGGAGGAGGAGCUGUCGGAGGAGGAGGAGGACGAAGAGCCCACCGACGAAGACUCAGUAGAAAGCAUUGGAGAAAAAGCAGAGCAGAUCUCCAGCCCUGAAGGUCUUGGUCCUCCCAAGGAAGGGGAUGAAAUGGGGCAGCCUGAGGGGGAAGAGGGAGGACCACCCGGAGCACUCUCCUCUUCCCCACUGGCGCCCCAAAGCUCUCUCUGUCCCUUGAAGGAUGUGGAAGAGAAGGCCGAUAUGGAAGAAGAAGAUGGCGGAGCUGUUCCGGUGGAAGAAGAAGAACCGGAUAAGGAGAAAGGAGAAGGUGGUGGAGAAGGUCCAUCUGAGAAGCAACAGCAUCAGGGCAGCCAAGCCAAAGAGGAACCAGUGAUGAUCUGUGGGAUUUGCAACCAGUCCUUCACCGACAGAGCGGCCUUGCGCAAACAUGCGAUGACUGCCCAUCCCCAGGUAAGAAAUCAAUGCAGUGGAAUAGGGACAUCUGGCUUCCUCAGCCCCCUGGUGGUCUUGGAUGGGAAGAUAUCUUCCCUCAUGUGCUCUCUUUCGCCCUCUAGCAGUGACCUUGGGAUAGGCAAUGCUACAUUAUCUGGUUUU